CGCCUUCACGCCAAUAUCAAGCUCUCUUUGGCCAAGCAUCCCAUAUCCGAUGGUGACGCUACAGCACUCCAACAGCUGAUACGGAUACUUACGUCAAGCUUGGUCCGGCCAGUGAGGACGCCUCGCACCCGACUGACGCUUCUAUCAUGCACGCCAGCUAUAGAUAAGGGCGCGAAGCAGCCUUAAGGCUUCGGUCGCACGAGUCGAGAUGUAGUGAACGUCCACCACUUGACGCCUCUCCUUUUUGCCACUACAGGAAGCUUGUCUGCGAUGUCGAUGUCGUUGAAGGAUCUCGCGGGGAUCGGGCCGUUGUUGUUAUGUGCACUGUUCGCGCUCAUCAUACUCGCAAUCAGGAAGGUCAGAUCCACCCGUGCUUCCUUUGCGGAUCGAGCGAGGUGCGACAAGGAGGGCAAGCGGGAGGCUGCUAUGGCGAGGGCGCAAACGCAGGAGCGAGAGCCAGGAGUUUGGCAUCCGGUCGAAUUUGACUACCCCGCAAUCGAGCCUUUCGAGGGUGAUAUCAUGACGUUGAAGCCGAUACCGUAUCGACCGUUCAGAUGGGGGGAAUACCAUGUCACGAUGGGCAUCAGGAGCAUGAACUGGAACGAAUGGACAGAGAUUGACAAGACCUUCUUCGAUUACCACAAGGUUGUAAAACACCGGCUGCAGAUCAGGGGCGACCGCGCGGUGAUCGUCAACCCCGCGCAGCCCGGCAUUGUGGGCUCCGCCCACGCUGCAGCGCGGGAGCUCGUCCAUGAACUUGCGGAGUACCUCUCUCGUCGUUACCCAGAUUUAUACCGGGUCGUGCGAAAGGAAAAGGGUGAGAAGGGCGAAGGUGGCUGGUAUGGCGAGGGACCGAUCAAGACCAUUACCAUCGAGCCGCUUGACCAGACGUAUGACUUGGAUGAGAUGGAGCCUCUGAAGGUCGCAUCGUUACUUGCCCAGGAAGACUGGGCCUUGAUGCUCGAAGGUUCCGAUGGGCGAUAUUAUUUACAAGCUGGAGCGAUAGCCAAGCCGGGGUUCUGGAGAUUACAGGACAAGAUCGGUAUGCCUCUUGAAGAAAUCCAUCUAUCAGGAAACGUCCCACAAUAUCAGAACAAGCUGCACGUCAGCAUGGCCCGUUUCUUCAGACGUCUCCCAGUCGACAAACCCGUUACGCGAAACAACUAUUUCUUCCAAGUUGUCACGUGGCCGCAGUCUUCCGCCGCACAGAACAACCCAGCGGCGACGAUUGACCCAACCGAGCUUGCAUGGUCGAUGACGAUGCACGGUAAAGAAGACAAGACCGACUUUGAACGCGCUGUUAUGAUGCGCAAUGUUGGCGCCGAGGACGCAAAGACAGGUCCCUUGGACCUGGCGACGGUGUACCUCCGCACGGAGCGCCAGACACUCCGUCGGCUUCCCCGUACUGGCGCUAUCGUGUUCUCGAUACGGGUGUAUCAAACAUGUGUCGUAGAUCUUGCGAAGGAGCCCGGCGUGCCUGGACGAUUGGCAAGCGCGAUCAGAGGCUGGCAAGAGGACGUGGCACAGUACAAGGAUCUGUUUGCGUACAAGGACAUUCUGCAAUAUCUGGAUGAGUGUCAUGCGGAGCAGCUGAAGCAAGGGGUCAUCCGCGCGGACGACCCACAAACAUCGGAUUUUCCUUUCUGAAAUGAUCACAUUCGACCGCUCUCGCUAGAUGGUUCUACUGAGAGGAAAUUAACCACAACUGUCUCGUAGAACCGUGACGCAUCAUUGAACAGAAUAUACGAGCAUCGAUGGGCGUCCGAAUGAUUUAAGCACUGCGCAAACCUACUGCGUGAUAUUGGAUAGAAAGGCUUAUUGUCCGUUACCAGGCAGAUUGCGUAGAGUAGAGAAAAUGCAAGCCAUCUGAC